UAUAGUGCGUGAGGGGGAGGAAGCGGGUCGGAGUCGACUGCGAGUGUCUGAAAGGAAGAUCUUUGUUUUGUAACUGAAUUACUACACCUUCAAUCAAGAUGCCACCAGCAAUUGGAGGCCCAGUGGGAUACACCCCACCAGAAGGAGGGUGGGGCUGGGCUGUAGUUGUUGGUGCCUUUAUUUCUAUUGGCUUUUCCUAUGCAUUCCCAAAAUCUAUUACAGUGUUUUUUAAAGAGAUAGAAGUCAUCUUUGAUGCAUCUAGUAGCAAAGUGUCCUGGAUCUCCUCCAUCAUGCUGGCAGUUAUGUAUGCGGGAGGUCCCAUCAGCAGCAUCCUGGUGAACAAAUAUGGUAGUCGGCCAGUUAUGAUUGCAGGAGGCUGCCUAUCAGGAUGUGGUUUGAUUGCAGCCUCUUUCUGCAAUACUGUGGAAGAGCUUUACUUUUGUGUUGGGGUUGUGGGAGGUCUUGGACUUGCUUUUAAUUUAAAUCCAGCCUUGACCAUGAUUGGCAAAUAUUUCUACAAGAAGCGUCCAUUGGCUAAUGGACUGGCCAUGGCAGGAAGCCCUGUGUUCUUGUCUACCCUGGCUCCCCUGAACCAAUAUUUCUACAGCAUCUUUGGAUGGAGAGGGAGCUUUUUAAUCCUUGGUGGCCUCUUGUUGAACUGUUGUGUCGCUGGGUCUUUGAUGAGGCCAAUAGGUCCAAAGCCAGACCAGCAGAAGAAAGAUGUUAAUAAGGAAGCAUUGCAGGAGGCUGGCAAAGUGAGAAAAGAAGAAGGAGCAGGAGAUGUCAGCGCAGACCUUAUUGCUGGGAAGACUAAGAAGCAGAAAACAACAGCCUUCCAGACUAUUAACAGAUUUUUGGAUUUGUCUCUUUUCACACAUCGAGGCUUCUUAUUGUACCUGUUUGGCAACGUGGUCAUGUUUUUUGGACUGUUUACUCCUUUAGUCUUUCUUAGUAAUUAUGGAAAGAGUAUGAAUUUCUCUAAAGAAGCUUCUGCCUUCUUGCUAUCUAUCUUGGCCUUUGUAGAUAUGGUUGCUAGGCCAUCUAUGGGCUUGGUUGCAAACACCAAGUGGGUGAGACCCAGGAUUCAGUAUUUCUUUGCUGUGUCUGUGGUCUAUAACGGUUUGUGCCACCUUAUGGCCCCUUUAUCCACGACCUAUGCUGGCUUUUGUAUUUAUGCUGGCUUCUUUGGAUUUGCAUUUGGCUGGCUCAGCUCUGUCUUAUUUGAAACACUGAUGGAUUUAGUUGGGGCUCAACGGUUCUCCAGUGCUGUCGGCUUGGUGACUAUUGUGGAAUGUUGCCCUGUGCUUCUGGGACCACCUCUCCUAGGUAAACUGAAUGACCAGUAUGGUGACUACAAAUAUACUUACUGGGCAUGUGGCAUCAUCUUGAUUGUCUCUGGAAUCUUCCUUUUUAUUGGGAUGGGGAUCAAUUACCGGCUGUUGGCAAAGGAGCAGAAGGCUGAGGAAAAGCAGAAGGCUGAAGGGAAAGAGGAAGAAACCAACAUUGAUGAUGCUGAAAAACAGAAGGAUCCAAGCAAUGAUGUGGCUAAUCUGUCUCAGAAAACUUCAGAAGAUGGUGUAAAAGAGGAAGAUAGCCACAUGUGAGGGACUAGUACUUGAAAUCCAGGAGGUUAUGAUGAAUAGUUAUCAACAUGGGUGAAGGAAACACUGUUGGUAGUAAACAGUGAUGAGAAGCAUAAAUCAGGUGAUUUUUUUUUUCUAAGUAAAGCUGCAAAUUGUGUUUUUAUCAGUGUUUGACAGGAGUAACAGAGCUCAGUGGGCAGUGCUAUCUUUUUAUUGGGGGUUGGUGGGGAGGGAGGGAAUUUUUUGUACUCUGGCUUUUUUAAAACAGUAAUGUGAAUGUACUAAUAUGUGCCUUAGAGAUUCCACAUUUAGGCUAUUUUGGCAAAGCCUUAACUCCAUUCUACAAACUAUUCUUAUUUUAGGUUUGUAGUCUUCCUAGGCUGUAACUGAAGGAUGUCUGACUUCUUUUACUGAAUAGAUGUCAAAGCUUAAGUGUUAAUGAACACUAUUUCACUUGCUUCUAAAAUCUGUUAGUGGCAGACUUGUGGUAGAAACAAUUACUUUGGACCACAGGUAAAGAAAAAAUUGGUUGAUCAUUAAUAGUUUGGGAUGGUUUGGGGUGCCAGAUUCUAACUGGAUUGAUUGUGUUUGGUACAGCUUUUGAAAACUUCUAACUGUUGCAAGGUUUGUUUGUUUGUUUGUUUGUUUGUUUAAAUCCCUUCAUGGUUAAAUUUAAUAUUGGUCUCAAUAUUGAAUAAAGUAUGCCACCUAUUAUGAAGUCCAGCCUACAUUUUAAUCAUUUUUCUGAUUGUCAUCUGCCUAAUUUUUGAGAUAUUUUGAACUGAUACCCAAAUCAAUGCAAGAGUGAGCUUGACUACAUAGUGUGUAUCUUUAUUAUAAUAAUUGAAAAGCUCUAAAUGUAUACUUUUUCAUUAUCUGCUUGAAUCAUUCUGUACCUGAACUUAACAUUGGAAGAACAAAGAUUAAGAAUGUCACUAUAAGCAUGCUAGUUUGCAAACAAGUCUGAACACAUCUCAGAUCAGAGUCAUGGUCUCUUUUCAUUGCCUCUUAACCAACCCCAGUGCUUCCAAAGGGAUGCAUUUUCAUUUUUACUUUCCUCUAAAUAAAAAUUGCUCUGUCUAGGGAAAACAAAAUGUAGUGACUUUCUUUGAAGACAGUACUAUUCAGAGAACAUGGUCUUAUUGCUAGUUAUACUGCCAGAGCAAUUACUACUUCUAACUUCUGCUUAGAUGGAUUUGUUAAAGAGCAGCAUAUGUAUGCUAAACUCAGUCACAGAUAAAAUACAUUACUUGUUCUCAGUUCCUCAUGCUUUUCAUUUUGGCCCUCAUUCUUAAUGUGCUAAGGAAUGAAACAAUAUUUAGGUGCUUGGCUAUAAGACACUUUACCUGGUAAAAGAUAGGAGAAUCCUUUGUAUGUAUUUAUUGUUUGUUUGUUUGUUAGUAUUGGUGAGAAUCCCACUUUGCAUGGGAGAUUAAGCAGAGAUCGGUUCUGGUCACAGGCCAAUUAUACUGAAGCUUAAUAUUUUUGUAAGACAUUGAGUUUUUCAAAUAAGCUUGUUCUAUAAUGCAUCCACCUAAUGCUUCCCCCCGCCACUCUUACCUCUCUGGCAUUUAAUGUUUCAUAGCCAGAUACUAAAGUGCAUGAGUACACUGGCAUGUACCGCAUGAGUCUUGUGAAGAAAUACAAUGAUCUCUUUAGCAUACACAGUUAUGUUCCAUGAAGACAUGACAUCACAAGUCCCUUAAUCCUAUGAAGGCUGUAAGAGAAUAAUUGACCAAAAACAAAACAAAACAAAACAUUCCACCUUGGAAUGUAGCUGAUGCUCAUUUGUGUGAAUGGUAUGUGUUCAUGUAACUGCUGUAGUACCUUGCUUGCAUACUUUAGUAAGGCAAACUGUUUAAAAUUCACACUCUUAGGCCUAAAAAGGUUGUUACAGAGGAUGUGUAGCUACUGCUGAAUGCUGAAGCUUAAUGUCUCCUACCUUAAUAACGUCUAGUGAUACGAUGGUCUGGGAACACAUAAUGCAAUGACACAGUAUUGUAUGUUUUGAAGUGCUAGAGGAAAAGGAGAUGCUGGACUGCAGUUUGUAUUGGGAGCCACACAUCUCGGUAAUGUCUAGUUCUGACAAUGUAUAAAGAAAGUACAAUGUUGCUGCACUGCAUUUGUCUUUUUAGGCUAUAGAAAAAGUUAAAAUUACUGUGCUUUUCCCUAUGUUUUGGAUAGCUGAACCUGGCCAAAUAUGUCAAAUUGAGCAUUGGUGUCUUGUAACUUUCUUUUAUUUUCCUUCAAACUACUGUUCAUUCUAGGCAGUGGCGGCUGAGAAGCUAAUCAGCAUUUUUAAUAUUCUUGAAAUUUUGUUUGGCCUCAUAAUUUGAAAAAAAAAUGUUCACAUGCAUAGACAGUGGUAAUCCUUAGUUGUAAAGUGGGGGUCCAAAAGGAAUAGCACAGGCUUUGGGUGUUCCAUGAGAAGAUAGCCGGAAUUAUUCCUGUAGCGUGUAAGACAUGAAUGAUGUUGUGAGCUACUAUGGAAGCCAGUAGGUUGUAGUAAAACAAAGAAUGAAAUACAGUGUCAUUCCUGCAGGAACAAUAGGAUGUGUCCUUGGUGUUCUGCUCAUACGAGUUUUGAAGCAAUAGUUAGACUAAUUGUAACAUAAUGCUUUGUCACCACCAUUGCCAACCCCCACAUGCCAUCUGCCCUGAAACUGAGUGAGUUGAAGCCUCUGAUAUUCUUUCACUGUCUAACUUGGGACAUUUUUAAUAGAAGAAACAAUGGUGCUGGUAAUUGGCCCAGACUUGAGAUUUACCUAAAUAAAUUUGAACAAAUUAAGUCUUGUAUUUUCUGUCUCCCCAGCCCAAAUAUGUAGAUUUUGACAAAUGGCUUUUUCCUUGUUUAAAGAGGUUUCUGGAAGUACCCUGAAAGGAUUACACAAUAUAUGUGUUCUGUUGUCUUGGCUGUUGAAUUAGAUACUGGAUUUUUUUUUUAAAUUGUAACUUCAUUGUACAAAAAAAGAACAGGCCAUGGAAUUUUCAGACCUAAGGACAAGUUUACAAAGCCAAUAGGAGUAUUUUGUAUAAGCAUGUUUUAUGUUAUUGUAUUGAACUGUGACAGUGUAAAGCCAAGUUCUUAUAUGUUCAUGUGUCAAAAGUUCAAAAUAACUGGUUCACAUUGCAAUAAACUAACCAUGAAAGA